AUGGUUAAAGUAACUGUUUGUGGUGCCGCUGGUGGUAUUGGACAACCAUUGUCCCUCUUAUUAAAAUUAAACCCCAAAGUGUCUGAGUUGGCACUUUUCGAUAUCGUUAAUGCAAAAGGUGUAGCUGCUGAUUUGUCACACAUUUGUUCUCCUGCUGCUGUUACAGGUUACCAACCAUCAUCCAAGGACGAUAAGGAAACCAUCAAGACUGCCUUGAAGGGUUCCAAGCUAGUGGUUAUCCCAGCUGGUGUCCCAAGGAAACCAGGUAUGACCAGAGCCGAUCUCUUCAAUAUUAAUGCCUCCAUUAUCAGAGACUUGGUCGCAAAUAUCGCCAAAUCAUGCCCUGACGCUUCAAUUUUAAUUAUAUCCAACCCAGUCAAUUCCACAGUCCCAAUUGCUGCCGAAGUUUUGAAGAAAUUGGGAGUCUUCAACCCUAAAAAGUUAUUUGGGGUCACUACCUUGGAUUCUGUUAGAGCUGAAACUUUCCUUGGUGACCUUAUCGACGUUCCUGCUGCUUCCUUGAAGGGCAAGAUUUCAGUAAUUGGUGGCCACUCUGGUGAUACCAUUGUCCCCUUGAUUAACGUUGACAGUUCAAUUAGUGGUAAAAUUUCAAAGAUACUGUCAUCUGACUACAAAGCUUUCAUCAACAGAGUUCAAUUUGGUGGUGAUGAAGUUGUCAAGGCUAAGAAUGGUGCUGGUUCCGCCACCUUAUCAAUGGCAUACGCAGGCUACAGAUUUGCCGAAAACGUCUUGAACUCGUUAUCAUCUGGUUCUCCAUCUGCUGCAAUUCCUGAUUCUGCUUAUAUCUAUCUCCCAGGAGUGCCAAAUGGCUCAAGCUUGGCUUCAAAAUUAGGUGGUACUGAUUUCUUCUCGGUUCCUGUUGUGCUUGAGAAUGGUGCUAUUAAGUCAUUUGUCAACCCAUUUGAAAAAUUAAAGAUCACAAAAGACGAACAAAAGUUGGUAGAGGUUGCUUUAGACGGAUUAAAGAAGUCUAUUGAUCAAGGUACAGCUUUCGUACAAGCUUCAAAGUUGUAA